GUGGAAGUGGAAGCUGCAUGGAUGGGAGCAACCUGACCAGGGUCACUGAGUUCAUCCUGCUUGGGUUUCAGAAUGAGAAACCCGUGAACAUUCUUCUUUUCUCUGUGUUCCUGCUCAUGUACCUGACAUCUCUGGUCGGCAACACCCUGAUCAUCCUUCUAGUGUGCUGUGACCGACGCCUGCACUCACCCAUGUACUUCUUCGUAGCCAACCUCUCCUUCCUUGAGGUGGCCAUCACCUCCACGGUGGUGCCUGAGAUGCUGGCCAACACUUUCUCCCUCACCAAAGCCAUCUCCUUUGUGGGCUGCCUCACGCAGUCUUUCUUCUACUUCCUCUUGGGGUCCACCGAGUUUUUCCUCCUGGCGGUCAUGUCCUUUGAUCGGUACGUCGCCAUCUGCAACCCACUGCGUUUUAACGGCCCCCCGCCCUUCUGUGGGCCCAACGUGGUGAACCACUUCUUCUGCGACAGCGCCCCGGUGCUGAAGCUGGUCUGCGCGGACACCUCUCUGGAGGAGCUGGCGGACUUCGCCUCCUCGGCGGUGCUGCUCCUGGGCUCCCUGCUCCUGACCGGCGUGUCCUACACCUGCAUCAUCAUCACGGUGCUCCGGAUGCCCUCGGCGCAGGGCCGGCGCAAGGCCUUCUCCACCUGCGCUUCGCACAUCACGGUGGUAACGCUGUACUAUGGCAGCUCCAUCUUCAUUUACGUGCGCCCGCGGAAGGGCGGCGUGAUGGACGUGAACAAGUUCGCCACCGUGCUGAACACCAUCGUGACGCCCAUGCUGAACCCCUUCAUAUACAGUCUGCGCAACGAGAAAGUGAAAGGCUCGCUCAGAGACGCCCUGCCCCAGCCCCAGAAGAGCGAGCUCAUGGAUGGGGGCGGGGGUGCACUCUCCACUCUGCCCUCCAGUAAUCCUUCCUCACCUACGGCAUCCUCCAUUUCUCCAGGUAUCCUCUCACCUGUCGCAACAUUACGAAGUCUUUGCUCGACUUUGAUCAAGGCCAGUACUUUGGCUAUUCUUUAUUUUACCCAGCUGUAA